AGCCACUGGGUGAACAUGGAGGUGCUUGUCAAGCAGUUGCACGCCCGCGGCCACCAGAUCACCGUGGUGCGCUCGCCCGAGAGCUGGUUCAUCAAGGAGCGCUCGCCUCACUACACCUCCCUCACCGUGCCGCUUCCCCAAGACAAGGAGAUCGGCCUGGAUCUGUUCGAGCAGUCGGCCCAGCGUAUCCUGGAGGGGCGGCUGCAGGGGUCGCUGAUGGGCGCGCUGGUGCAGGUGACCGAGCUCAUGAGCAUCCUGCACGUGGCCCACCGGGCCACCUGUGCCACCGUCUCCGUCAUGCUGGACGACCGGCGCCUCGUGCAGGAGCUGCGGGCAGCCCAGUUCGACCUGAUGCUCACAGACCCGGCCAUGCCAGCUGGGGUUAUCCUCGGGCACUACCUUCGCCUGCCCAUGGUGUACAACGUGCGCUGGAUGAGCUUUGGCGAGGGGCACUUUUCCAUCGCGCCGUCACCGAUUUCGUAUGUGCCUGUACCCGGCUCAGGGCUCAGUGACCGCAUGGGCUUCCUUCCCAGGGCCAGGAACAUGUUCCACUAUGCUCUGAACCUGAUGCAGGAGAGAUGGCUUGUGGUGCCCAUCUACAGGGAGCUGAUUGAGAAGCACUUCCCGCCUGGCACCGACCUCCUCAGCAUGCAGCUGACUGCCGACGUGUGGCUGAUGCGGGUGGACUUUGUGUUCGAGUUCCCCAGACCCUCCAUGCCCAACCUGGUCUACAUGGGCGGUUUCCAGUGCCGUCCGGCCAAGCCGCUGCCGGGAGACCUGGAGGCUUUUGUCCAGAGCUCGGGGGAGCACGGGGUCGUGGUCAUGUCCCUUGGCACGCUGAUCAGCGCCCUGCCCCGGGAGAUCACGGAGAUCAUCGCUUCUGCUUUCGCUCGCCUGCCGCAGAAGGUGAUCUGGAGGUUCACCGGCACCAAGCCUCGGUCGCUGGGCAACAACACCCUGCUGCUGAAGUGGCUCCCACAGAAUGACCUGUUGGGCCACCCCAAGACCCGGGCGUUCGUCGCCCAUGGCGGCACCAACGGCCUCUACGAGGCCAUCUACCACGCUGUGCCCGUGCUCGGUGUGCCACUCCUAUUCGAUCAGACAGACAAUCUGGUGCGUCUGCAGGCCCGAGGGGCAGCACGGAUGGUGGACAUGGCCUCACUCACCAUGGAGCUGUUCUUGAAGGCGCUGAAGGACGUCCUCCUCAACCCCACUUACCGCAUCAACAUGCAAAGGCUGUCCAGCCUGCACCGCGACCAGCCCAUCCACCCCCUGGACAAAGCCAUCUUCUGGAUUGAGUAUGUGCUCCGGAACAAAGGAGCGCCUCACCUCCGCUCAGAGGCCAGCACCCUGCCUUGGUACUCCUACUACACUUUAGAUGUGCUUGCUCUCCUGCUCGGGGUGCCUUUUGGGCUUCUGUGUGUCGGCGUCUUUCUGAUUAGAGCCGCGGUGCUCCGUAAAGCCAAGGGAGCGGUGCAGACGCAGUCCAAGGAGGUGCCCCAAGUCAGUGCUAUGACUCUCAAAGCAAGCUCUAAGGAAGUGCUUCAGACAAAACCCAAGAAGCUUCAGCAAACACAUUCUAAAGAUAACACAAAGUCAAAAUCAGAGAGGAAGAAAGCAGUGUGA